CUCCAAGAGUUGCUAGAAGCAACAGGAAGCGACAACCCCAAAAGAAGAAGAAGGAGCAGGCUGGAGGAAAAAAACACACAGAGGAGGCCGGAGUCAUAUCGCUUGAUUGGCCUCUCCUCACCAGAUCCACUGCUGGGGCUGUGAAACCCCCUGAGCCCGGACCCGACCCGACCCGCCUCUGUGACCCGGUUCUGUCGGUUCUGUUAUAUACGUGGCACAAGAAUGAGCAUGUCCUCUUCAUAAAAAAAAAGCUCCAGUGAAGCUUUUACCUGCCCGCGGAGAAGAAAACAGACGAGUCUGUUUGAUCUUGGCCAUGGCCCACGGCACCAGUAUCCAGUAUGAGCCAGUGGCAGAGAUCGGAGGAGGCGCUUACGGGACGGUUUAUAAGGCCCGAGACACAGAGAGCGGGCAGUUUGUGGCUCUGAAGAGCGUGCGUGUCCAGACGGACCAAAAUGGCCUCCCCGUUUCCACAGUCAGAGAGGUGGCUCUGUUGAGACGGCUGGAGCAGUUUGACCACCCCAACGUGGUCAGGCUUAUGGAUGUAUGUGCCACCCAGAGGUCAGACCAGGAGACGAAAGUCACUCUGGUGUUUGAACAUGUGGACCAAGACCUCAAGACGUACCUAGAGAGGGCCCCAGCUGCAGGAUUAUCUCCUGGACACAUUAAGGACCUGAUGAGGCAGUUGCUGUGUGGUCUUGCAUUCCUUCACUCGAACCGCGUGAUGCACCGAGACUUGAAACCAGAGAAUAUUCUGGUGACCAGCCAGGGCCAGGUGAAGCUGGCUGACUUUGGACUGGCCAGGAUCUACAGCUGCCACAUGGCCCUCACUCCUGUGGUGGUCACGCUGUGGUAUCGACCUCCUGAAGUUCUGCUGCAGUCAAGUUACGCCACACCUGUGGACAUCUGGAGCACCGGCUGCAUCUUUGCCGAGAUGUUUAGAUGCAAACCUUUGUUCUGUGGAGAAUCAGAAGUGGACCAGCUUGGCAAAAUUCUUGAAGUUAUUGGCUUGCCACCAGAGGAGGAGUGGCCCACCGAUGUUACACUCUCAAGAAAAAACUUCCCCCCUCUCUUACCUCGACCAAUCACUGACUUUGUUCCAGAGAUAGAUGAGCAGGGGGCACAACUUUUGCUGAAAAUGCUGACCUUUGACCCCUUCAAAAGAAUAUCUGCCCUGAAUGCCCUAGACCAUCCAUAUUUCCAUGAUGGGGAGACAUUGACUCAGACAAAAAGCUGAAGUGAUGCGGUUAAACAUGCAAUGAGAGGUAACAGUGUCUACGUUUAGACCUGGCCUAACCAUAAAGGAUUUCAGUUUCAUUCAGUGCAUUGCCUUUCAAGAUGUCUGGGUUUCGCUUUGGGAUAUUUUUUUUCUUUUACUCCCGCAUCAAAAAGGAUUAAAGACGGGGGAAUGGAAUUAAAAACAGAAGAGGAGUGAACUUAAGGAUCACUGGCAUGCUUCCCAACGUGUAAAUGUCACAAUUAAUGACAUUAACAUGUCAUGUCUUCAAGGACAGUACCAGUGUUUUUCAUGUUUGAUUUCUGUAUCAGUCUCGUCAGGAGGGACUGAGCCACAGAAACAUCUGUUAUCCCCUCUGAAAUGUUGCUGUUAUUAUUUUUGUACAGUGUUUAGACAGAAGGAAACCGAGAUGUCAUCUUUUUUGUGUUUCAGGCUGAACAAAGUCUGACAAAAAUGACACCUCAGGGUUAGAAGAGUCAGUCGUCAGUGACUUUUUAUUUGUAUUAAUAUUUUCCUACAAAAAAGGAACAAGAGCAACAUAAGCCUGUGAUGGGCAUUAAGCUGAAUGAAAAUCAUGAGGAAAAGAAAGGAUAGCAUAAAAUAGAAAUAGGAAAACGCACAAGAUAGACACACAUGAUAAAAAUACUGGUAUUGCCCUUAAAAGCUCUCAUAACGUGAAAUAAAUUGUUUCUUUUAUUGAGGGACUGAAGGGUUCGACUUCAUUUGAUGUUUAACAUUUAUUUGCUAAAACCGUAUGAAAUCAACCAGCACUGCAACUACAAGUGAAUAAAAACACGUUUUAAUCACA